AUGCGAGACAUGUUCGCAAAGGAGACGGACAUGUACCGGUCGGAGUUGAAGGUGACCAGGGACGAGAAAAACGCGCUGGAAGAGGAGCUCAAAAAGUCGCAGGACCGCUGCCGAGAAGAACGGACUGCUGGGCUCAAGCCUAAAAGUCUGUGUAUUUCUGUCUAUCUUCACUGUCCACUGCAUGAUGAUGACGGACGACCAGAUUUUCCAACAUCUGGACAAACUAGUUGUGUCAAUGCUCUCACCCGUCCUGCUCGACCGGCAGUUUCUGAUCAUGAACUGCGACGAAGAUUCCGACGACGACGGCGGCUGAGGCCGAGAUUCAGAAACACCAACCGGACCAUGCGGGCUUGUCUGCGGCGUGCCUCUGGGAAGUCCAAGGCUUGUCCGCACCACGCAGAUCUCGCACCUCAACGAGGCGGCAUUGCAAAGCUGAAGGCCUUGGCGUCGAAAGGCAAGGGCAGAGCGGUUCUCGAGGUCUUGGCUGCCAUGCAGGGAGUUUCUGUUUUUCAUGUCAAUGCCAGCAUGACGGCGUUUGGGAAAGCCACACACUGGCAGGCUUGCAUGGAGCUCUUCUUCUCCCUCCCAGAGCUGAAAGCCACCCCCGACGUGGUGACUUACAGUGCCGCCAUUUCCGCCUGCCAGAAGGGUGGGCAAUGGCAACUGCCUCUGGAGCUCUUCGAGAGGGCCGAGAAGACCAUCAGCCCAGACGUCGUUCUCUUUGGUGCCGCACUGGGUGCAUGUGAAGUCGGCGCUCAGUGGCAAUCAACAUUACGGAUGUUGCAGGACAUGCAGACGACCCGCAUCAGCCAAAAUAGCAUUAGCUACAAGGCUGCCAUCGGGGCCUGCGGCCGUGCUGAAAACUGGCAAGUGGCGGUGCAUCUCUUUCGAGAAAUGCCCAGGGCUGCCAUCACUCCGAAUGUAAUUAUUUACAACACCACCAUCACUGCCGCUGAGAAGGCGGGGAUGUGGCCGUGGGCAUUGGCACUGUUCGAUGAGAUCAAAGCCGUCAACCUGCAGCCCAACAUCAUCAGCUACAGCGCCACAAUCAGUGCCCUUGCCAGGCCUGGCCACUGGCAGCUCGCCCUGCACUUUUCCGAAGACCUGAAGCGUGCGCAGCUGUCUCCCAAUGUGUACAGCUAUGGCGCCGUCAUUAAUGCUUGCGAGAAGGCCGCAGAGUGGCAAGUCGCGCUGGCUCUGCUAAGAGAGGCGGACAAUGUCGCACCCAACACGGUGGCGUACAACGCAGCCAUCUCCGCAUGCGCGAAGGCUGGGCACUGGCAACAUGGACUGGCUCUGUUUACUCGCAUGGCGCAGGCUCAGCUGAACCGGGACGUUUACAGCUACAAUGCGGCCAUCAAUGCGUGUGAGCGUGCAGGAAGCUCCGCAAUGGCCAUGACCCUGCUCGACUCCAUGGCAUCCGAGACGAUCACACCAACGGCAAUCAGCUACAAUGCAACGAUCAGUGCCUGCGAGAAAGACUCCAGCUGGCAGCAAGCACUGACCUUGUUCUUCGGCUUGUUCGGCCUACUGCCGGCCAUUGCCCCUACAAUCGUGAGCUACGGCUCCGCAAUCUCCGCAUGUGCAAGCGGUGCGCACUGGCCUCUGGCAUUGCAUCUGCUCGCGGACAUGCCUACAGCUCUUCUCCAGCCCAGCACAAUUUGCUACACAGCUGCCAUGAGCGCUUGCGAGCAUGGAGAUCAGUGGAGACUUUCGCUUGCUCUGUUCGACCAAAUGGAGCGCUCUGGUGUCGAUGCGGACCUUUGCAGCUACAAUGCGGUGGCCGGUGCCUGUGGCAAAGGCGGUCAGUGGCAGAUGGUAUGCCAGAUGUUCGAUCGCAUUUGCAAAGCCAGCUUUUCACCAGAUGUUUACACAUACAAUGCAGCCAUAGACGCAUGCACAAGAAGCGAUGAGUGGCAGCUUGCCCUGCACCUCUUUGCACGCAGCGCGGGCCUCAAUUCAGCCAGCGUGAAUGCUGGGCUAGCUGCAGCUGGGGAACGAGAUGUGGGCAUGAGAAUAUUCGAGAAGGAACACCAGAUUUACCCUCGGCUGCUGGCAAAGGCAGUGGACAUUCUGGAUCUCCACGAUUGUAACUCUGAGGCUGCCAAGCUGGCAGUCCGAUGGUGGCUCUCCCAGGUGGUCCUUCCGAUUCUCUUAAAAUACGGAGACCGCAAGUUCAUCCUCGUCACGGGCUGGGGGAAGUCCAAGCCAGCUCGGAAAGGCACUGGCAGCGACGUGCAGGAAGCUGUACUCUCGCUGCUAUUGUCGUGCGGUUUGCCAACCAAGGUCCAGGACCACAACAAAGGUCGGCUUGAAGUGCCAGACAAGGGGCCGGACAGGCAGGGGGAACUUGUCUGUACCAGCAUGGACCCAGCGGACUUUGAAAGCAGGAUGGAGAGGUACAGAGAUGAGGUGCAGUAUCUUCGCCAGAAGUGCGAUGAGAAGGAGAAGCGGUGCGAGCAGCUCAUGGCAGAGAAGGGUGCACUUUCUGUGGCGCCCGUGGGCUACCCGAAUGUGGGGAAGUCCUCCCUCUUCAACGCUUUCGCGGGUGCUGCAGUGGCCGCAGCGGAGAACUUCCCAUUCUGCACCAUCGAGCCCAACAUCGUCAAGGUGGGUGUGCCGGACCCGCGACUGGAUCGCUUGGCCGAGCUCUUUUCGUCUCAGCGAACGGUUCCUGGGCAAGUGGAAAUUCGAGACAUUGCCGGCCUGAUUAAGGGCGCCAGCACUGGAGCGGGCAUGGGCAACGCCUUCCUGAGCCAGAUCCGCGGCGUGCAGGUGGUCUUCCAUGUGGUUCGCUGCUUCAGUGACCAGAAGGUUGUGCACGUUGAGGACCCCAUCAACAUCGACCCAGUCAAGGAGUACGAGUCCAUCCUCGAGGAGCUGGUAAUUGCAGACCUCGAGUACGCCUCGAAAAGACUACCGGCUUUGCGGAAGAAGGCCACGACGGCGCCAUCUACUGGAUCGGAUCCAGCAAAGAUGCUUGCUAUCUACGAGGAGAUCUUGAAGUGCCUCGAGGAUGGCAAGCCAGCGCGUUACGCCCUCGCCCGUCAAGACGAAGACUGUUUGUCGCCCAGUGACGACUUCCUCGCGCAGCUGAUCACUGCGAAGCCAGUGGUUGUCCUGGCCAACGUUGCCGCAGAGGACGCCGCAAAUGGCAACGAGUUCACGGCCCGCUUGGCGGAGCAUGUGCAGACUGAUGCCCAGGCCCUGGGCGGGCUAGCGAGCCGAUUCAUCAUUGUGUCAGCCCAACUAGAAGCAGAAGUUGCAGCGCUGGAUGACAAGGACUUUCAAGCAGAGUACCUGGAGUCCUUCGGUCUGGACACCAACUCGCCCAGGGCUCUGAGCCGAGUCCUCGCCGAGAGUCAGAGCCUUCUCAAGCUGAUCUCCUUCCUCACCGUCGGCGAGAUGGAGGCUAGGGCUUGGUUCGUGCCCCUGGGCUCCCGCGCCCACGAGGCAGCCGGCGCGAUCCACUCCGACUUCACCAAGAACUUUGAGCAAGCAGAGAUCUGGUCCUACGACGACUUGAUCAAGCACGGCAGCAAAGAAAAAUGUCGCAAAGCGGGAGUUGCACGGCUGCAGGGCAAGGACUACAAGGUCCAGGAUGGUGAUGUGCUCGAGUUCCGGAUCAAGAAAGCGCGGUCAUGA